UUAAUACAGUAUGCCCACAUUCUCUUGCAUUCCUUCUGGCCAUUACUGAAAAGAAACCCAGGACAAGCAGGUCCUGCGCCUGCAAGUCUUGAUAGAGAUAAGCCACUCCUCAAGUCUUGGAAAAGAAAGAUGAUGUUUGUUCCUUUUGUAGCUGGUAUGUUCUUCUCAAGGAAGAGAAAGGCAAUAGAAAUCCUCCCCGAAAGUAUGAAAACACUUUGGAACAAGUGGGAGCUUCGAAGUAUGGUUAUAUUUAGUCUAUUCUUACAAGGCAUCCUCAUGGUGCUUGGCAAAAGUAGAAAGCACUCGAGAAGGAACUGGGUCAGAAUCAUUCUUUGGCUUGCUUACUUGUGGGCAGAUACAGUUGCAACAGCUUCACUUGGCGUGCUUUCCAGCAACCAAGGAGAAUCUGAAGGUGGUUUUGUAGACCCAAACUAUGUUAUAACAGUUUUUUGGGCACCAUUUCUUCUUCUGCACCUUGGUGGCCCUGAUACCAUUACUGCCUACUCCUUGGAAGACAAUGAAUUGUGGCUGAGGCACUUGCUUGGGCUACUUGUCCAGGUGGGAGGGGCUAUCUAUGUUUUCCUUACAGUAUGGAAAAGUACUAAUGCACUUUAUUUGAUGGCAAUUCCAAUAUUUUUUGCUGGGAUCAUCAAGUACGGAGAAAGGACAUGGGUUCUGAUGUCUGCGAGCAGUGAGCAUUUUAGAGACUCCAUGCUUCCUCCUCCUGAUCCUGGGCCCAAUUAUGCGAGAUUCGUGGAGGAGUAUAUGUCAAAGGAAAAGGAAGGGUUCAAGGUAUGUUCAAAAAAUAACCCUGAAGAUGGCAAAGAAGAUGAUUAUUCCUCUCCAGAUGCAGAAACUAAUAGCAGAAUUCCAGAAGCAGCCGUUAUAUGCAAGGCCUACAUGUUCUUCGAAAUUUUCAAAAGGCUGCCUGCAAAUCUCAUCCUAAGCUUUCAUAUUAUCCAGAAGAGUCAAUACAUUAUGCAGAACAUCAGCGCUGAUGAAGCUUUCAAAGUGACUGAGGUUGAGCUUGGAUUCAUGUAUGACAUGUUCUAUACAAAGGCAGUUUUGUUAUAUUCUGUUGCGGGGCGUCUUCUUCAUUUCGUCCCUUUUAUUUGCACUGUUUCUUUAUUUGUGAUUUUCUUGAAGACCGAGAAGCAUAUCUACUCGGGGGUAGAUGUAGCUAUUACUUACAUACUUCUGGUUGGAGCUAUUGUGCUAGAGAUUUAUGCAGCAGUUGUACUAUUUUGUUCAGACUGGACAAUACUAUGGCUGAGUCAGCGUGGGAAUUCGGGGGAUAUUUUGUAUCGUGCCAUCUCAUUGAUUCCAUGGCCUAGAAAAAAGAGGUGGUCUAAUGCCAUGGGACAUUUCAACCUAGUAAGGUACUGCCUUAAAGACAAGCCUGCCAUGUGCACAUUUAAACAGAGGUUUUUGUGGAUUUCAAAAUUAUUGGAGAAGCAUCGGUACCACAAAUCUGUGGAAGUUCCGCUGGAUUUGAAAGCCGUUAUCUUUGAUGAGCUUCAACAAAAAAUGGAAGCUAACCGUUCAGAUCUCAGAAAUUUCAAGAAAUUAUGUGCUUGUAGGGGUGAUAGGGUGAUUGAAGAAAAGGCAAAUACACUUCGUGCUGAAAUGGGAGAUGGAAAUUUUAUUAUACUGAAAAGAAGUGUAGAGGAAGAAUUUGAUCAAAGCAUUCUUCUUUGGCACAUUGCAACAGAUUUGUGCUAUUAUUGGGAUCGGGAUGAGAAUCCGUUAUCUGUUUGUGAUCCAUAUUGUAAAGCGAGCAAGCUGUUAUCGGACUAUAUGAUGUAUCUUCUUGUUAUGUGCCCCUUCAUGCUGCCCAAUGGGAUUGGGGAGACUAGGGUCAGAGACACAUGUGCUGAGCUCCAUGGAUUUUGCAAGGAAAGGAUAUCCAUAAAGAAUGAAUCCCAAGCUUGCUCAAAGUUAAACGCAGUGAAAACUAAAAUUCCUCCAUCUAAGGUGAAAGGAGACAGAAGCAAGUCAGUUUUAUUUGAUGCUUGUAGUCUGGCUAAAUCUUUGCAAUCCCUGAAAAACCCUCCUAUGAAGGAAACAAAGUGGAAAUUGGUGCUUCAAGUCUGGGUGGAAAUGCUAUCUCAUGCAGCAUGUCAGUGUGGAUGGACGGAUCAUGCUCAACAGCUUAGGCGAGGUGGAGAGUUGCUCACUCACGUCUGGCUUCUUAUGGCUCAUUUUGGCAUAACUCAACAGUUUCAAAUUUCAGAGGGCAAUGCAAAGGCUAAAUUGAAUUGGCAGUGACUAAGUUGUGUGGCUUUUAAUGCAUAAAUAAAGGAUAGAAAGCAUAAACAAAACUCUUUUUCGGUUCGCUAAGAAUAAUUAUUGACAAAGAAUUUCUGAUGCGAUUGUUUAGAUAUUAGUUGUUAUUCAGCAAAAAUGCUAAAUCUGGUGCUCGUAGUCUGUCUCUGUUCUAUUUUAUUUUUUGAUAUUUCUGAUACGAUUGUUCAU